UCAGAAAGAAGGAACAAGAAUUGUGACUAUCUGGUGGAAAACCAACAGCAUCAGCCUUCUGCUGCUUCUUGUAUGGAUCCUGUGAACCCUUCACUGGUCAAUGCACAUUUGUCAUCCCAUGCUGCAGAUUCCCCUCUUGAGCAUGAAGUGGUGGGUCCUUCUUUAAGGAGCUCAAGUAAAAGUGUGAACUCUUGUCACAGUUCAGCCCUGGGGAAUCUCAAUCCAUCUAAUUUGGAGUCUUUUCAGUGUCUUUUGCAAUCCUCACAGAUUUCUGCUAGCUUGUACUGUUCAGUCCAGAGGCUUAAGCAAGAAACUGCUUUGAUGGGGCUACGGGCUUCCCUCCCUCUGGAGCCCAAGUCUUCUCCAGUCACUGGCCAUUCAUGCUUUGCUCCUGAUAAUUUAGGUCCCAGUAUCGUGACCAUGGGAGAACAGCUAGCUGCAGUAAAAACCAGUGCUGCUCAGGCAAGAUUGAAAUGGGGUGUCCCAUUUGCUAAAGACUGGAGCCUUAGUGCAAUGACAAGGAACCUCAGUCCUGCUGAGCCUUUCUCUGUCUCUCACAGAUAUGGUUACAUUGGCUCAAACACAUGGAGAACCAACAUUUCAGGUGGCAUCCAACCACAAACCCUUGCUUCUGGAGUGGGCUCUGGCAGGCUAGUGGAUACAGAAGCAGAUUCUUCCUUCAGUUGCUCCCCGUUCUUCAGAUGCCAGUCCCUGGUAAAGCCAUCUCUGGAAACUGGAAGUCUUUAUGUUCAAAGAAAAAGCCAUUCUCCUGGAAAGGUUGUCAAAGGAGAACAGACAUCUAAUGGGGCAUCUCCAUGUGUUGAGUCUUGUAAGAAAGACGUUUCAGCCAGACCAGAUCCAGAGGGUCUGCAGGUGUUACUGGAGACAGAUUUGGGGGGGGCUCAGAUGAAUGUUGGUGUAGCCAUGUGUGGGACUCCUACAGAAGUGUGUGUGAGCAUCACUUCUCAUCCUGGAGAUAAAGAGCUUAGACCAGGCCAGCAGCUUAGUGUUAAAUCUGUAGAAGUCAACAAGUCUCAUAUUAAGUGCAGCAAAGAGCCAGAAGAGGUGUGUGACUCCAGAUCACGAGCAGCCAGAAGAAUGGCUGCAGUGGGCAGCAGCUACUCCAAUCCUUUGGGUACACCAGCUGAAGAAAGCUUUAAUGAACAUUCUGGUGUAGAUUGUAUGAACAUGAGCAGAGAAGAAAGGAGAAACAAAUACUCCUACCAAAGCAGCCGGAGGAAUUUGGAAGCUGAUGGCAAUCUCGAGCAGUCUGAAGAAUGUUCUGUAGAAAGGAAUGCCAAAGAACCACGGUGCUGUGAAGAAGGGAGCAAGACACAGAAAACUGUGCCCAGAGAGAUCUCAGAAAACAGCUCCUGGUCAUUGAAGGUGAAUGAGCAAAGUUUCUGGCACUUGUGUGACAAACAAAUCCUAACAAGGUGUUUCCAAGCCUGGAGGAGACAUAUCCUUUGGAAGAGGGCAGCCAGGCAGCUUUACAGACACCAGCUGCUUCAGAAGGGCUUUGGUGCUCUGCAGUGGACUGUGCACCAAAGGAGGACACAAUUGGAGGUGGCCCAGCAGAGAUAUGCUUCAACUCUGCUAGCUGCCAGCUUCCAGAAGUGGAAAGAAGCUGUGGCAAAACAGAGCAAGAAGAAAGCUCUGCAGCCUGAGCCUUACUCCUUUACCCAAAGUUCAUCAGCAGGGAUUUUUGGAGUAGGAAGAUCAGCAACUAUGACAACUUCAGCUCAGCAUCAGCUUGGAACAGGAUACUCAAAGGAAGCAGAGCAGGCUCGUAGGGUGGAGGGAGAGCUGUGGACACAGCUUUGUCAUAGGCAGAGAGCAGCUGAGUUUUGCUGGAGAGCAGAAGCAAUCAGAGACAUGAGACGCCUGGCUGCAGCUUUCAGACUGUGGCGCCUGCAGAAGGAGCUGCUGAGCAAAGAGGAAGCCAGGCUUUUGGAAGCCCGUGCUCUGCUGGAAAAAAAGAAGCUACGAAACAUUUUCUGGAUGUGGCAUUCCCAAAGCUUGGAAAUGAAACAGAUUCUAACACUGACAGCUCAAAUCGAAAGGAACUUGGUCUCCCGGUGCUUCUGUACAUGGAAGGAGACUGUUGAGCAGAAGGCACUUGACAGGUGCAACCUGGCCCAUCUCAGAGCAGUAUCACUGAGGAAGCACUUCCAGCAGUGGAUUGAGAUGCUGCAGGUCAGAGGAGGUGAUAAGCAGGCAGUGGUGAACCUCUUCCUGCUACGAUGGAGGCAGCAUUAUGGAGCAGUUAUAAGCUCAGUAGCUGACGAGACUGUGACAAAGAGGCAUGAAGGUGAGACAUCAUGGACUGGAGAGAGACAGUUUCUGGAGAAAACAGUCUACUCUUUUGAUGACUUCUGCCAAAAACUGAAGCUGCAGAGAGUAUAUCUGCUGUGGAAAACAAGGCUGUGUGAGCAUCACAAAGCUGAUUCUUUCUCUCAGACUUUGGAGCAGUGUAAACUCAGAAAAACUUUGAAAUUAUGGCACCAAAAGUAUCUCAUGCUGAAGACAAUUGAACAAAGUUCUACGCACUUGCAUAGAGCUGUCUAUGAGGAACCUCUUGCCAUACUGUUUUCUGAGGAUCUCUCAACAUCAUCUGGCUUUGGCAGCAGUGCACCAGCUACUCUGGCCUCUCAAAGCUCAUUGGAAAAGGAAUGCAGUCUUAGUGAGAGCAGCCAGCACGGCUUCUCCUUUCUGACUGCUGAGGAUGUCACACACAUCUCAUGUCAUGGCUCUUUCCUGCACCUCCACCAGUGCACAGAGCUGCCAGCUGAGCUGGGUGGGGAGCUGUGCUUGCAGACCUCCUUCCCUGGAUCUGGAAGAAAUAGGUUUGUGGAAAAUCAGUUCCAGUCUUUGGUGCUGCAGAGUCCAGAUAAUAAUUCCCAGCCUCUCACCAGUUACUCUGCAUGGGAAGAGGGCUGCAGUUCUGACAAGGAGGUGAAGAGUUGCUGGCAGCAAGCAGAGAAAUACUGCCUGCAGAGGUGCUUCCUUGUCUGGUCAGCUCAAACUCGACAUCAUGUGAAGGCCCAGCAGUACCGCAGGCACAUUCAGCUGUCUCGAGCCUUUCACAGCUGGCACCACUGGGUCAUGGAAAAUAAGAACCAAAAAGCAGCAGCAGCCCUAAAACACAGAGUUCAUUGUUCCCAGAUGGCUUUCAGCCUGUGGAAAACGAGACUGGCCCAGAAAGUGGAAGCUGACCGGAGAUUCAGGUGUCACAUUCACCAGAUGACUGCUGAUGCUCUGUGGCAUUGGCAUUCUUGCUGGCAAAGGAAGCAUGCUCUGAGAGAACUGGAGCAGCAAUGGGCUUGGCACAGCUGCCAGGAGAAGAAGAGGCUGGUCCUGCAGAUAUGGUAUUGCCAAACAAGGAAGCAGAAAUACGCUGUUUUAUUCUGGGAACGUUUUCUCCUGCACAGGUGCAUUGUCACUUGGGCCCAGGUCACUGCAGGUAGACUGAAGCAGCGUGAAGCUCUCUCUUACUUUAGAAGAGUCAGAGAGCACCGUCUUCUGGUUGUGAGCUUUACUAAGUGGAGGGACAAACUCUUUAGAGCUGAACAAGUGCCAGGAGAGAGAAACCACAAGUGGCAGGAGCCCUCUCCAGGUAAAGCCUGUCACCGCUGGCGAGUGGCUGCAAGAGGACAGCAAGCCCUGCGCCUGGGAUCCGUGGCUACUGUCAAACAAGCCUGCAACUACUGGACAAGAGCAGCUGCCUUUUCCCAGUGCUUACGGCAGCGCAGUACCCUCAUAGGUGUUAGGAAAAGCAGGAAGAUGUCUCUCUCUUGGCCCACGAAAAGCAGAAGAGGCAGAGAAGAAGAUUCAGCACCAACUGGACUUUUCCCCAGUGCCAUUCAGCGCUGGCUGGUGAUCUACAGGAGCCAAAAGAGGCCUGGAAGGCUGCUGGAGAGACCUGAUGUGGUAGGACCCUCUUGUGCACAUGGCAGGAUCCAGGGGAACGCAGCAGAGGUGGACUUGGAGGAUUGGGCUAAGAGGUGUCUUGGGAGGAAAUAUCUGAGGUGGUGGCAUCACACAGUGGUACUGCACCAGUACCACCAUGACAGGAAACUGCUCUGUCUGGCAAGGGGAUGGCAUCAGUGGAGGGAAGCCAGCAGGGUGGUGAUACUGGCUCAGGUGUUGGACCAGCAGCGGCUGAUAGAAAAGGCCUGGAGGGCGUGGAGACGAAGAUAUUUGCAAAGCUGUGUGGUGCAGAAUCUUUUGGAGGAGGAAGCCAGGAGCCUGUUGUGUCAGGCCUUUGGAAGGUGGCGGCAGCUCACAGCAUUCCAGCGCAAGGACAAAGGAUCCUGCUGAAUGGAGGGGGCCUGCCUGCAGCUGCUGCUCAUUUCAGAACACGUGGAGGAUAUGGCUCCUGUCACAACAAAGAGCUGGUCCUGUGCCAUCAAGAGAGAGAACACUCUGCUCUUACAAUAAAAGCAGCACUGCUGGCCAGAAGGGUGACAGCCAAAGAACAACCAGGAAGAGAUGGUACCUAGUGAAAGGUCCUCUUGAAAGGAUUUC